AUGGCUCCGCGCUGCUUCAUCAUCCGCCACGGCGAAACCGAAUGGUCCCUGAACGGGCGCCACACGGGUAUAAGCGACCUCCCACUCACGGCAAACGGCGAGAAACGCAUCAAAGCAACGGGCAAGGCACUAGUGGGAAACGACAGGCUGAUCGUGCCCAAGAACCUGGCGCAUGUGUACGUCUCCCCACGUACGCGCGCCCAACGGACUCUCGAACUCCUUGAGAUCGGGUGUCGAGAGCGGCUGCCAUGGAACGAGGCGCGGAAGGAUCAAGAAGUGGAGCCCAUUCGCACCGAGGCGACCGUGGAGGUGACAGAGGCUGUGCGGGAGUGGGAUUAUGGGGACUAUGAGGGUUUGACCUCGAAGCAAAUUAAAGAGGACAGGGCGAAGAAGGGUCUUCCGCCCUGGAAUAUUUGGACGGAUGGGUGUCCCGGAGGAGAAUCCCCCGAAGACAUCGUCCGUCGUCUCGACGCGCUGAUCGCUGAUAUAAGGAAGAAAGUCCACCGCAAGAGCUUUGAGAACCCCGAUAGCCCGGGCGAUGUGCUCGUCGUUGCACACGGUCAUAUCCUGCGAGCGUUUGCGAUGCGGUGGACGGGUAAACCCUUGACAGAGACGUCCUUGAUUCUGGAAGCCGGUGGUGUGGGCACACUAAGCUAUGAGCACCAUAAUAUCGAUGAGCCGGCGAUUAUCCUUGGAGGCGGGUUCGUUGUCGAGUAG